AUCUUGAUCUGAGCGAAGUGAUGAAGCUAAAGAGAUUGGAUAUAGAUAACGAGGGACCAACGAAGAUCGUGGCGCCGCAUAUCCAUUGUUUGAGAGUGAGACACUCUCAUAGGAAAUGUAGUUUAGUGGAUGUCUCUUCUUUAACCGAAGCUUACUUGAACAUCUACUAUUCAAAUUGUUAUUAUUUCAAAGCUGAUUUCGCUCAAAUUUAUGUGCUAAGUAUGCUUCAAAAGUUGCAGAAUGUGAAGAACCUUGCUUUUGGUGCUGCCUUUCUUCAGAUGUUAUCUCUUGCCGAGUUCUGUGAUAUUCCUUUUCCGAUGCUCAAAGUCGAAGUUUUGACUCUUGAGACGAUGAUUGUUCCUUCGUUUAUUCCUGGUAUAGCAAAGCUGCUACAAAACUCACCUGGAGUGAAGUUUCUGAAACUAGACUUAGUGAACAGCAAGAUGAUAUCGGAUUGGGAUCUUAAUUACUACUUGGAUUUGAAAGGCUUGGAUCAGAAUCAGUGCUGGAUACCAAAAGAUUUGGACUUCUCGACUUCUUUAGAGCCGAAACUCAUGACUUCAUUCAUGGAGUUUCUACUGGAAAACACUAGAGAAGACAAUACAUCUCAGUACAAUUGGUGAGCGGUAGGCUCUCC